AUGACUUCAAAGCAUGUAAUAGCUGCAGCACGCACAAGUUCUAUUAAGACCAGGUUUGCCCGUAGAUUUCUCAGAUCCCUUCUGAAAAUGAAAAGGAGUAAUAGGCUUGGUACUGGUUCCCAAUCAAAUGAAGAAAUCAAGAAAAGGAGUACUCAUAUAAUAAAGACUGCUGCUUAUGCAUCGAUGGCUCGUGCAGUUGGGCCAAGAAGAACUUGGAGCCGAUCCCUUCUUUUCAAACUUAGAAACCCACGCAGAAUCCAGGGAGUUUCGAGCAAGAGAUGCUUGGUUACAAAGGAGAAUAAGAACAAGAGGAUAACGAGAAAUAAGAUGCAGAUAAUUUCAAGAGAGCCGCCAAGUCGUGCUGAUAGUCUUCGGAAGCUUGUUCCUGGAGGAGAUUCCAUGGAUAUUUGCAGCUUGUUGGAAGAAACUGCACAUUACAUCAAAUGCCUUGACACUCAGGUUAAGGUGAUGCAAAGUAUAGCCGAUUACUACUCUAAUUGA